AUGGAGUACGUUCUCGAUACAGUGUCGGACGUAUUCUCUUGCAGUCCGGUGAAGAAGGAAACGUUGUUUUACAUGAGCAUGAUUUGUCAGCUGGUCAUCGUACCGUUUAACGGGUUUUGGUUUUGCGUUCUACUCUACCUACUGCUGUGCACCAUCGCCGUGACGCUCAGCACCGUGCUGAAGCAUUUGUACAUGCGCUACAUUGACAAGACUUUGCUUGUUGACAACGGCAACAACGGUUACUUGAAUACGUACAAUCCGCAGUACGACCCGUACAACAUGACGCUGGAAGCACUGCCAAAGAGUUCCUCCAUUGCCGGACUGAACGAUGCAUUACAGAAGUUGGUCUCUCUUUACUGCCUGCAUAACCUUACCGUAAUUCACCUACCUUUGAGCGAUAUUGCGUACGCGUCUCUUCGAAUCUACCGAUGGUUGAAGUGUUUGUAG